AAAACCCACGUAGCGAUUUUUACCUUUCAGGCGAAAGUCGGACGAAAAUAACGUUGGCACAACCACCUAUCUUAUCAUUCCACCUCCACUCCCAAGACGAUCCGAUCCGAUCCCAUCCGAUUUGCCACCGGGCAGCAAUAUCUUCUUCGGAAUCCGAAACCGCAACCGCAUUACGUGUGCGUAGGACGGUGGCUUUCCAUUUCAUUCUUGGAUCGACCGGUGAUAAUACCGGUGCAUAGAGGGCACUUUGCUAAUUAAGUGAUAGAUAAACGAAAUAAAAAGGCAGCACAAAAAUGACGGAUCUUAUCAGGCAGGGAGCUCUGUUCCUCAUGAGCGAGAAGUGCUACGAUAACUACUUCCUGGAGCACAACUUCCUGGAUGUUCCUUGCUUCAAGGCCCUUUUAAGCAAGGGCCUGGGACUAGCCAUCAUUGCCGGUUCCGUGCUGGUCAAGGUGCCCCAGGUGCUGAAGAUCCUCAACAGCAAGUCCGGCGAGGGCAUCAACAUAGUAGGCGUGGUCCUGGACCUCCUGGCCAUCUCCUUCCACCUGUCCUACAACUUUAUGCACGGUUAUCCGUUCAGCGCCUGGGGCGACAGUACCUUCCUGGCCAUCCAAACGGUGGCCAUUGCCGUCCUGGUUCUGUUUUUCAACGGGCGAAAGGCCCAAUCUGGAUUGUUUCUCCUUGGCUAUGUGCUGCUCAUGUAUGUCUUGAAUUCAGGACUAACUCCCAUGUCGGUCCUGUUCACCAUCCAGAGCUGCAACAUUCCCAUCCUGCUGGUGGGCAAAUUAUCACAGGCGUACACCAAUUAUCAGGCCGGAUCCACUGGCCAGUUGUCCGCCGCCACCGUGAUUAUGAUGUUUGCUGGCUCGGUGGCCAGGAUCUUCACCUCCAUCCAGGAGACGGGCGACACCAUGAUCAUCCUCACCUUCAUUGCCUCCACCUUUGCCAAUUCGGUCAUCCUGGGCCAGUUGAUCUACUACUGGAACAAACCAGCCGCCGGUGGAGUCAAGGAUGGCAAGGCCAAGAAGCCCAAGAGCAAGAAGGUGGAUUAAGGAAAUAGUUAAACAGAGAGAUUUGAACUCGAAACAUAGGUUGCAACAACUUCUCGACAUUGUAGAACAAAUAGGCAAGGUUUAAAUAAAUUGAGUCCUAGUUUA